AUGAGCUCUGCUGCAACUGUAUUACCGCAAGGUGCGGGCUAUGGUGUCGUUGUCGGGAUCGGAUUGUUCUUCUCGGCGCUCAUGCUGGGAAUUACUGCCAUACAGGGCCGAUAUACCGCAUUUAAACCAAAUACCUCCGAAGAGUUUUCUAGUGCCUCUCGAAGCGUGAAACCCGGUCUCAUCGCUGCCGGCAUCGUCUCCGCGUGGACAUGGGCUGCGACGCUUUUGCAAUCAUCUGCUGUUGCCUACGAGUAUGGAAUAUCUGGUCCAUGGUGGUAUGCGUCAGGCGCGACUAUUCAAGUCUUGCUGUUCGCAAUGUUGGCUGCUAAGCUCAAGAUGAAUGCGCCAAACGCGCAUACAUGGCUCGAGAUCGUCGGUGUGCGCUGGGGAACAACGGCACACAUCAUCUUGAUGUUCUUUGGUCUCGCGACCAACAUCAUCGUGUCUUCUAUGCUCAUUCUCGGAGGAUCUGCGACGGUCACAGCUCUGACUGGCAUGAACACCCUUGCGGCUUGUUUCUUGAUCCCUGUCGGUGUUGCCAUCUAUGUCGUGGUCGGCGGCAUGCGUUCGACUCUCAUCUGUGACUAUACUCACACGACCGUUCUGUUCGCCAUCAUCUUCACCUUUUUGUUCACUGUCUAUGCAACGUCUCCCAAGAUCGGAAGUAUCAGCAAGAUGCACGAACUGCUUACCAAUGCCGCUGCCACCAGUCCUGUUUCUGGGAAUGCCGGUGGAUCUUACCUGACAAUGCGUUCCCUUAACGGUCUGAUCUUUGGUGUGAUCAACAUCAUCGGCAACUUUGCGACUGUCUUCAAUGAUCAAGCUUACUGGCAGCGCGCUAUUGCGUCUCGUCCAGAAACUACGGUCAAAGCAUACUUACUGGGUGGCAUGGCAUGGUUCUCCAUCCCUUUCGGUCUCGCGACAACUCUCGGUCUCGCCGCUGUCGCACUCAAGGGUGACCCAGACAUGCUCCCGCUUUCCGCAGCGGACGUGAGCGCUGGUCUUCCUGCACCGACCGCCGCUGCAGCCCUGUUAGGCAAAUCCGGCGCCGCGGCCAUGCUCGUCCUUCUCUUCCUUGCCGUCACAUCCGCGACGUCUGCCGAGCUGAUCGCUGUCUCUUCAAUCCUGACAUACGACGUAUACAAACGCUACGUAAACCCCGCAGCGACGGAGCGUCAGAUCCUUAACAUGGGCCAUCACAUGGUCGUAUUCUUUGCCGUCGUCAUGGGCUUUUGUGGCCUCAUCUUCUUCUAUAUCGGGGUGUCGAUGGGCUGGCUGUACUUGUUCAUGGGCACUCUCCUCGGAUCGGCAGUCGUACCAAUCGCAUUAUGCAUCACGUGGAGCAAGGCGAACAAGAUUGGCUGUUUAGUCGGCGCCGUCGCCGGUCUCGUACUCGCAGUCAUCUCCUGGCUUGUCGCCACUGCCAAGCUAAACGACAACGUCAUCAAUGUCGUCACAAGCGGGGGUAACUAUCCUAUGCUGACAGGUAACUUGGUCGCAAUCGCUGUUGGCGGCAUCAUCGCCGUGGUCUGGUCGCUCAUUGCUCCCGAGAACUUUGACUUUGAUCUCACACGAGCACUCAACAAGCCCGAAGGGGCUAUCACACCAGAAUACGAAGUUGAAAAGGAAGGCUCGAUCGCAGAGAAGAAGAAGGCACAAGGCGGUGAGACGACCGUCCCAGUAGACAAAGAGCACGCCUACGAGUCCGCACACAAGACGGGCAUCACCUCCGCUGCGGAACUGAGCCAUGCCGGGCUAAAGAAAGCCUUCCGGUUCGCCGCGUGGUCUUCGGUCAUCUUGACGCUCAUAUUCGUGAUCAUCAUCCCCCUCUCCCUCUUCGGCUCCUCAGUAGUAUACGGCGUAUCCGGGUUCGGAGCCUGGGUAGUCAUAGGCUUCAUCUGGGCCUUCAUCGCCGCGUUCAUCGUCGUCCUCUACCCACUUUGGGAGUCUAGGCUGGGGAUUGCCAUGGUCUGUCGGGGGAUUGUGAAGGAUAUGUUCAAGCCUGGGUCGGGCAAGUAUGUGGACCCGACGGAGGAGGGGCCGGUAGUGUGA